UGCAGAAAGAAGAUUACCACUUCCAUUGGCGUACUGUAACACAUUUCAGAAUUAAUGGAAUCACAGAAACAUUAUGCCAAUAUCAAAAAUGAGCCAAGGAUGCAAGGACGAGCUGGAACCUGAUGCUCCUCCCAGGUCAUUGUUUGCUAUUUUAAGCAGCCGUAGUUUCCUUGGAUGGAUCACUCAACAUGGGGAAAAUGGCGACAUUUUAAUAUUUCCUGAGAGCGUAAAGGGUAGAAUUUGUACCACAUCCGUACUUCAAAGUGGACACCGUCGUCCUUCACUUCGAGACACCCCUCGCAGAAGUUCCAGCAUUUCUUUCGGCAGAGCGGCGAAGAUGCCAGAGAGUUUGUGCAAUAUGGUUAAUGCAGCGAUCCUCUCAUUGGCUCUGAUUUUGUCUCUGGGAUAUCCAUGCCUGACCCUCUCCUGUCCUAGUGCGUGUACCUGCUACUUCUCAACUGAAGUCCACUGCACGUUUCGGUCACUGAAAGCUGUGCCCCCCAGGUUACCGAAGAAUGUGGCAAGAAUCAAUUUAGGCUUUAACAAUAUCCAAUCUGUGACCAAUUCUUCGUUUCAUGGACUGGAAAAGCUGGAGCUUCUGAUGCUGCAUGGCAAUGAUAUCCACACUCUUAUGGAUGGAACUUUUAAAAGUUUGCACUCGUUGCAGGUACUUAAAAUAAGCUACAAUAAACUGAGUUCCAUAAAAGGGCAGACAUUUCGGGGACUGGUGAAUUUAGUACGCUUGCACUUAGACCACAACAAGAUUGAGUUCAUUCAACCGGGUGCUUUCCAUGGACUGACCUCUUUGAAACUCAUCCAUCUUGAAGCGAACCUGUUGAGGCAAAUCCAUCCCCGCACCUUUGUGACAUUCUCGUUUCUACAGCAUUUUACGUUUUCAUCAAUAAAGCACCUCUACCUCUCUGAAAACCUCAUUCAAACACUGCCCAAAGACAUAUUCCAUUCAAUGUCCGAACUGGAAAGCGUCUACCUCCAUGGGAAUCCGUGGUCAUGUGACUGCAGGUUAAAGUGGCUCCUGGACUGGCAGAAAGAGGCUAGAGGUGUGGUUAAAUGUAAAAAGGACAGAAUGUAUCCAGGAGGCCGAGUAUGCUCUCUGUGCUCGGAACCCAAACAAUUUACCAAAAAAGAGCUUUUCAAGCUGAAUUCCAAUGCCCCCACUUGUAUGAAGCCCACAAUCAUAUCCCCAUUGAAGAAGAGCAACAACAGUGAAUGGGAAGAUGAAGGUGAAGAUAUAUUAAAUCAAAGCUACCAAAAUCCAUUUGGCAGCAUGACUUUGAACUUAACGGACCAGCAAGGAAACCACAACCAUUUGGUCUGUCAAUCCAACAGGCUGAGGAACGGUACGAAGAUUCAAUGGCAUCGUCCAAAUCAGCAGGUAGUUGCUGUCAAUAUGACCCUUUCACUAACCCUAACGUGCUAUAUGGAUCAACAAAACAUGGAAAGGUUGUGGAAACUUAUUGCUUAUUACUGUGAAACUCCUGCAAAAUUAGAAAAAGACUUAAUGCUGUCCAAAGAACCCAACCUGAGCUAUCGAUAUAAACAAGUUAUUGACGACCACGCUUACUAUUACACUGGUGUAAGAGCAACUAUUAUGACUAAACCCUCAUGGUUAAUGCAGCAGCACAUCAAUAUCCAACUUGACAGAAGACUAACAACAACAGACCAUGUCGUCCUUGUGUUCUCAAUGUUUCUGUCUCAACGCUUUCAAAUCAGUGACAGCCCAAAAAGAGAGAAUAGCUGGGUAUUAAUAAAGGACAAUGAUGGGUCAAAGAUGCAUCAUGUUUUAGUUACAGGGACUAUGCUGCAGUUAAACUGUCCAGUCACUGCGUCAGGGAGCCCGUCUAUAAAAUGGGCAUUUCCAAACGGCACCCAUAUGGAAGCCCCAUACACUAGUGAAGAUAACCGUGUUUCCAUCUCCAAAGCUGGCAAGUUAAUAGUGAAGGCAGUGGGUUAUGGCGAUUCAGGUCUAUAUCAGUGCAUCGCGUCAGUGGAAGGUGAUAUGGAUGCAAUGUCCUAUCGGGUUGUUGUGCAACCCACAAGAGUCCAUCCAAGCCAAGUCGAAGAAAAUGGCAUCACUGUACAUUCCGGAGAUACCAUUUCUCUGCCCUGCACUGCCACUGCAGCACCAAAUGCCCAACUGAGUUGGAUCCUGCCAAAUAACAAUGUCCUCAGUGGCUUAACAAACACUACAAGUGGAUCUAUAGUGGAAAAUGGAACUCUAGUCAUUAAAUCUAGCCAUGUUAGUAAUAGUGGCCACUACAGGUGUUUAGCUGUCAACACUUAUGGAGUCGAUUCGCUGACUGUUAAUGUGGCUGUUAUUAAAAAGUUGCAUGGCCGGCCCAUCAGAAAGAGGAAGAAAGACCAUACAAUGCCAAUUCUCAAUGCCUUUUUCAGAAGGGGUAAUCCAGAGGCUGAGGAACAAGAUGGUUCAGGUAGAGGGACAGCAUAUGAAAGUCAGAAGCAGGUAACCUACAACAAAUACACUGGCAGAAUUCUGGCUGGACGUAAACGACUUCAUGCUGAUGACACACAUGACCGUCCCCAAAUGGAAUCCAAUAGGAACAUUCAAGUAAGGCAGGGGUCACAAUGGGGCAGGGGGAAGACAACCCUCAAUGGCAGGAGGCGAUGGGAUUCACGUAGGAGGGUCAGUAUGUCCAAUAAGAAGAUUGACCCACUGAAGUGGGCAGACAUUCUGGCAAAGGUGAGGGCAAAAACUGCUCCUAAAGUCACAGCAAAACCUUUACUCCAAAUCUACAAAACAACCACCAUCCCUCCAGCUACGAAUGGAACUCCAAGAAAUCCCUUGGCAGUGAAUCGCCCAGAAAGUUUCAAGCUGGCCUCAGAAGAGGAGUCGGUUCUGGAGGAAUCAUCAGGAAGCAAUGAUCUGAAUUUUUCAGAGGACCAAUUGAUACAAGUAAGCUCACAUCACAGUGCAAUAGCGAAGGAUUACGAUCCACCAGAGAACACCACCCUUAACAAUUCCCCGAGAAACCAAACGUUUAAGGAUCCUGGCUCUGCUCUCAAAAAUGCCACUGAGUUUGACACUGUAGCCAAGAUCCUUUCAAAGCCGGGGAAUGAAUCAGAGGUUUGGGAAGUGCCAAUAACCUCAACAUCAGCUUUGGAACAGGGUAGUAUUCAGUCAACAGUGGAAGUGAUUGGGAUGCAGCCAAGACAGGAGUAUCCAAAAGAUGAUGAUGUAUCUGUCAUAAAAAGCAAUACUCAGGCUCCAAAAACAGAUGGACAUGAGAGUUCAGCAGUAUCUUGGAUCACUGAAGCAGUUACUGAUCCAGUAAAGAAACUUGCUUGGAAGCACUCGAUAAUGGAUAUUUCAGAAAUAAACUUGAACAGUGAUAAUUACAGUAUGUUUCACAUCGGAAAUGUGACCUUAGCGAGCAAAACAGUUACCACUUUAACCAUGACCAAAGCCACUUCAAUGAUCACCAGAGCCUCCAGCCCCUCAACAAAUGCUGGAACAACUGCCAAACUGGGUCCCACUAUGAGACCAAAAGCCAUUACAACCAUGGCCCACAGCACCAUAACCAAAUCAACUCUCAUCGCAGUUGCUACUACCAUUCCACCCACCGCUACAGUCAAAGCAACUACUGGGAAAACCAAAGUGCCCAGGAUGAUGGUAAAGCCAACUGGCACUGUGAAUGCCAAUGCUAGGGCUAGCCAAAGCCAAAAUACCUCUAUUACUUCUCGAAACUAUCCAAAGCGAAGACAGCCUGGCAGAAGGAGGUAUCGGCCGAACAGGUAUAGGCAAAGACAACAUUUAUACCCAAUAACCAGGGCCAAAGAAACAAAAUCUACCCGUGUAAAUAUGACAUCAAGCACUUGGCCAAGUAUGAAAGCUGUUCCAAGAGAAAUGAAUCAUGGCCAAAUCAAAGUCAACGCUACAUUGGAAAGGGAACCAGAUUCAAAGUUAGUUUCUCGCAAAUUUAAUUUGCCUGCUUUAGAACUACUCACAACAAAGGAACCAAAACUAAAAUCAAUGAAUGUAAUGACUAUUGUAAAAUCUUCACAUCAACCCAACCAUUCAGAAGCACCUAUUACUCCAGGGCCACAAACUUCAGUGUCACAUCAACCAAAAUCAUUAAUUUCAACAAAACAGACAAUACUUGAAACUACAGAAGCCACUUCCUCAAAGCUUCCUGAGCCAAACCCAACCAAUCUUGAAUCUUUAACCAAACCAACAAAACCAUUGUAUCUUCAAAAAGAUUAUAAGUUGCACAAUGCUACAAAACUUGAUGCUACAACCAUAUCACCUCUGAUAUCUAAUACAUUUGGAAAACCUACAAAUCCUGCUUCUCAGUUUGAAUCUCUGGGGCCAAGCAAUGAACCUGCAUCAACCACAACAACCUCAACUUCAGUUGUUCCAGUCAGAUCUGGGAAAUUAAAGGGAGUCCAUGAGACCAGAAAACCAUCAGAUAUCAUCUUAAAUCCAACACUCCCAAUGACAGUCCUUCCAAUUGCUACAACAGUUACUUUGAUGUCAAAACCUGCAAUAGACUACCUUGAAAUAUUAACUACAACCACUGCUUCUAAAGUACAGGGAUCCAAGAAAACUCUAAAAUCAAACACUGAGCUGAAAGUACCAACCAUGACAUUUUUCGAAACUGAGACUGUGUUACCGGAGGUUGAAAUGUCUCAGAGAAUUUCCACAUUUCAAAAAAUUGGAAGUGAUAUUACAUCGAAUCUACCUUCUUCACCUGACACUGGAUCUCCUUCACAAUUUCAUGACUCAGAUGUUCCUGUGUACGGAAAAGCAACAGUUAAUAUUGUGCCAGAGGCCCAACCGACCAAAAUAAACUUAAGACGGGAGCCUACAUUGCCUUCUCAAGUCAUAGUUAAAAUGGCCAAAGAAUUUCUGCCUCCAACUAUUUCUCCAGAAGGUAUUUUGCCCACUCAGAAAACUUUUGGGAUGGGACAAAUUCAACUGGAAAUCAGCAGAACAUAUGAAAGCACUAAUAAACCAUCUGGAGACCCUAUAAGACAACGUACAGGAACCACACAAGGCAAGCAACAAGUUAAAGCAACAUUCAUGGAACAAUCAAACAACUUAACUUGGCUUUCGAAGUAUAAGUGGAAUCCAGAUUCAAAUCUUGGCUCAAUUUCCAUUCCAAGGCAAGGGUCUCGGCUUAAAUCUCCGAAUGACAUCAUGGUAAGAGCAACACCGAAGCUGCUGACACCUGCUACAAGGGCUUGGUCCUACAAUUUUACAAAUGGAGCAUUGUCAAAAGUUACUGGUGAUCCUGAGUUGACAGCAUUUCCACCUGUAGCAGUGCAAAAUGCAACAAAACCUGACAAACCUUUUAUCAAGUCAACUUCAGGAACCCCUUUCCAAACAAGUUCAGGGAUAUUUAACAAGCCAACGGAGAGGGGACGUGCUGAUGUAGACAAUUAUUCAAAAACGCCUUCAGGCCAUUCCAUUGUCCGAACACCUACCACAAAUCAAGGUAAACAAUGGCGUCAUCAUGUGGAGAUCCCAAUUCAAUUUACUAAAGAGAAGACAUCCGGGUCUAUACCCAAAAGAACCGUAUCCAUUAGUUCCCCAACAACUAUACCCACCACAACUAACAUUGCUGAAAAGUUUAGAAACACCUCGUGGAGCAAAUUUUUGUUUCACACCCCAGUCCUUUCAAAGUUCGAUGGAAACUCAUCCAAUGCUGCUCAACCAUCUCCCAGUUUCAGGACAACAAAGAGGAAGCCAAAAAUUAUAACCGGGCACCCUCUAACAGUUGCAGUGAAAGCAGAGAUGGAUGCUUAUCUCCCUUGCGAUGCAGUUGGGGAGCCCAAGCCUUUUAUAUUUUGGACAAAAGUUUCAACAGGAGCUGUGAUGAUGACAAGCAGCAGAACACUGCGAUUUGAAGUUUUUGACAAUGGAACCUUGGGAAUUCGCAAUGUCCAAGUGGAGGACCGUGGACAGUACCUGUGCACAGCACAGACCCUGCACGGCACAGAUAAGAUGGCAACCACAUUGAUCGUGCUGGCACAGCCUCCACGGAUAGUUGGAUCCCGCUACAAGGACAGCACCGUGUAUCUAGGAGAACCAUUCCUGACGGAGUGCAGGGCAGAGGGGCUGCCUGCUCCCCAGGUCUCCUGGCUGCUGCCCAGCAGGAAGCUCCUGCGGACCCCUGGCUUCGGCGGAAGAGGAGGAGGCAGCUUGAUGUUGUCGCAGAAUGGGACCCUGUCCAUCAGGGAGACCGCAUUCUCAGACCGCGGGGUCUACAAGUGCAUCGCCAGCAAUGCCGUAGGAGCAGACACGGUCACGGUGAGGCUUCACGUGGCAGCACUACCACCCAUGAUCCAGCAAGAAAAGACUGAGAGCCUGACAGUCACUCUGGGCCAGGGCAUUCGUGUUCAUUGCACUGCCAAAGCUGCACCCCCAGCCAACAUCCGCUGGAUCCUUUCCGAUGGGACACAGAUUCGACCUUCCCAAUUUAUCAAUGGCAACCUGUUUGUUUUCCCAAAUGGGACCCUUUACAUACGUAGCAUGUCAGAGCGUGACAUGGGAAAUUACGAAUGCGUGGCGACGAAUAUAGUUGGUGUUGCCAGGAGGACAGUCAGAGUGAACAUUCAAAAACACUCAGCAACUGCCAAGAUCACUGUGUCGUCUCCCCAAAGGGUUGAUAUCAGCUACGGAAGCACUUUGCACCUAGACUGUGUUGCUGCGGGAGAUCCAGGCCCAAGGAUACUCUGGAGACUGCCAUCAAGAUUGCUUGUGGAUUCACGCUACAGUUACAGCAAGAGAAUCAAAGUGUACAACAAUGGCACUCUCGUCAUUCAAUCGGUUACAGACAAAGACGCUGGAGAUUACCUUUGUGUAGCCAGGAACAAGAUAGGAGAUGACUUCAUGGUGCUCAAGGUGAAUGUGAUGAUGAAGCCAGCCAAGAUUGAGUAUAAGCAGGAUGUCAAGCAGAAGGUUAUGUAUGGUAAGGACCUCAAAGUUGAUUGCAUAGCAUCGGGACUGCCAGACCCAGAGAUCUCCUGGAGCCUCCCAGAUGGUACCAUGGUCAACAGCAUCAUGCAGUCCGAUGACAGCGGGACAAGAACCCGCAGGUACACGGUUUUUGAUAACGGCACAUUGUACUUCAACGAGGUUGGGUUGAGAGAUGAAGGUGAUUACACUUGCUAUGCGGUAAACCAGAUCGGCAAAGACGAGAUGAAAGUCAAUGUGAAGGUUGUAGCAGAGCCCCCAAGUUUCCAGAGUGGCACUUCCUCUCUGGUUCAGGUGACAUACGGUGAGUCCUCUACUAUAAAAUGUGGAGCUAAAGGAGAACCAACUCCCUGGAUCAGCUGGUACUCCCCGAAUGACAGAUUCAUCCUGCCCUCCACAAAGUACAAAGUCACAACUGAUGGUACUCUUCACAUACACAAGGUACAGAGAUCAGACAGUGGAAACUACACGUGUGUCGCAAGAAAUACUGCAGGAGAGAGUAGAAGAGUCAUCACUGUGCAGGUAAACAUCGAAGCACCCAGUAUUAAUGGGCAGAAAGGCAUGAAUACUGUGAUCAAGGAAAAAGCAAUGAAAGAAACCCGUAAGCAAAUAGACUGUAAGGCAGAAGGGGUGCCUCCUCCACGGGUCAUGUGGGUGCUGUCAGAAAAUGUGGUUGUGAUGGCCCCAUAUUAUGGAAAUAGAAUUCGAGUGCAUCACAACGGAACACUUGACAUCCAGAGCUUGAAGAGGUCAGAUGCAGAUCAGUUAGUGUGCAUUGCUCAUAAUGAAGGAGGAGAAGCCAGGCUGACUGUGCAUCUUGAAGUAUUGGACAAAUUGGAGAAACCUUCGUUCACCAACCCACUUAGUGCCGGGGUCGCUAUCGUGAUCGGCAACAGCGUGAACCUGAACUGCUCUUCCAGAGGGAACCCAACUCCGGAAACAACUUGGAUUCUCCCGGAUGGAAACAGGCUCCUGAGUGGUCAGCGAUGGCAAAAGAUGUACCAUGGGAGAGACGGCACCUUGCACAUCAGCAGUCCUUCUACUGCAGAAGCUGGAGCUUACCGCUGCAUAGCCAGAAACACAGUGGGCUCUGUUGAGAGGCUGGUGACCCUGGAGAUUGGCCACAAACCUGAAAUACGCAACCGGUACUCAAGUUUGGUUCGAAUUCUGCCAGGCGAAAGAAUGAGACUGGAUUGCAUAGUCGGGGGAAAUCCGCAACCUGAGUUAUCAUGGAUUUUACCCAAUGGCAUGGUGCUGAACAGACCUCAAAAUGUAGGCCGCUUCUCUGUCCUGCAGAAUGGCUCGCUCAUUGUUCACGAUGCCUCCGUGUAUGACAGAGGGACUUAUUCCUGCAAAGCCAUGAGCGACCUGGGCCUUAGUUUCAUGAGUGUCUCAGUGAUCGUGUUAGCCUACCCUCCCCGCAUUACCAAUGGGCCAAGCCCUGUAACUUACGCUAGACACGGCAUCUCAGUUCAGCUGAACUGCAUGGCCAUGGGGAUCCCAAAAGCGGAAAUAAACUGGGAACUUCCAGACAAGACCCGAGUCACAGUUAUGAAUCAGGCUCGCUUGAUUGGGAAUAAAUACCUUGAUCCUCAAGGGUUACUAAUCUUACAGAAUCCAUCCAACAGAGACACUGGCUUUUACAAAUGCACUGCUAAGAAUCUGCUGGGCAGUGACUCGAAAAUGACCUACGUCCAUGUUUUUUAACGGGCAGUUUCCUUUAAAUUGCCUCCUUCCCUGGCCCCCUUCCCCCUAGCAAAUGCCCAAGGAACUGCCUUCAAUGACAGUGCCAGUUGUGGACCACCAUGCUGACCUUCACGAAAAAGUGGCACCAGAUGCACAAAAUAUUUCUUCAACGUUCUUUCAAAGGUUUUCCAUCACGUUUCUCUUCAAUUUCAGCAAUACGAAUUUCUGCUGACUUGUGCUGUUUUAAAAAAAAAGUGAUCGAUUUUAAAUUUGUGCUGAAUGGAUUGAAACAUUGAUGGCUUCAAGCCAGGUCCAUCUAGAAGGACAAGGAACAUCAGAUAUGUGGGAAAGCCACCAACUUCAAGUUCCCCUCCAAGCCACCCGCCAUCUUGUUUUGGAAAAGUAUCGCCCUUCCUUCAGUGUUUCUGGGCCAAAGGCCUGAAAUUCCCUCCCUAACUGUAUUGCAGGUCUACUUUACAGCACACAGACCGCAGUGAUUCACCACCACCUUCUGAGGGCCAACUAGGGAUGGGCAAUAAAUGCUGGCCAGUUGUCCACAAAUGUACAAACAAAAAGGGGUUGAUUGUCCCCUCAAUCUUCAGUUGGAGGUUAUGGAAAAUAGCUGGCACACCAAUAGUCAGUAUGUGGGAUUUUCUAAAUGCAAAUGUUAUUCGUGUCUAAUUGUCACUGCUCGCAGAAAAAGAGAAAUUUUGACUUUGCUCAAUGAAAAACUUGUCUCAGCAAUUAAUCCUAAUGAAUUUGAGCUGUUGAUAAUGAACUCUGUCUUGAAUCGUUGAUCAUUGUGGGUAAAGUAACAUUGGUGCCAAUGGUGUUCCUAACAACCUGCUGUAACUGUGGAAAUUGUGACUUGAAGCUUGUCUAUACUAAUGUGACAUGAAGUCAAUCAAUUUUAGAAGCCAGAUAAUGUCAAGCAAUGCAUUUUAUCCAGUUAUUAGUGCUAAUUGUUUUAAUAACCAAAUUUGAUUUUACUGAGUACUUUGUGUCACAAGCAGCAGUGUUUAUCAAAUGGAAGGUCCCUUUUUCAAAUAGCUUCAUGACAUGAAAUGGAGGUCAUGCUUGUGCUGGCUCUUUGAAAAAGUUAUUCAAUUAGUCCCACCCAUCUACUCGACUGCUAUCAUCCGGUGAUUCCUUUUCCUUCAAGUAUUUAUCCAAUUCACUUUUGAAAGAGACAAUUGAAACUGUCUCAGUUUCAACUAGCAUACUACAAGGCACAAUGGCUCAAUGCAUUAAAAACACUUGCUCUCCUCUCUGAUUCUUCUGCCUCUUAACGUAAAUUUGUGUCAUCUCGUCAACAAAUGCCCUACUAUUGAAAACAGCUUCACCUCUUUCAUCCAACCAAAACUCUUCAUUUUCAACAUCUUUCGAAGCUGCCCUAAAUCCUCUCUGCUCCAAGGAAAUGAUCCCAGUUUCUGUAGCCUUUCUGCAUAAAGAAGUCCAUCAUUCUUUGUACAAACUUAAGUUAAUCUUUCUGUGCAACCUUUCCAAGGAUUUGGCAUACAAUGCAGUGCCCAGAAGUCAAUGCCAACGUUGAACCUGUGGUUUUAAUGGUUUUGCGUCAUUUCCAGACUUAAUUGUACAUAAAUAAAUAAUAUUUUGUAGUAAGUUACCAUGAGGACCAUUGCCAUUACACAGCCAUGUAAAUAAAAAUAACUGUCUUUUGAACAUUAAUAGCUUGCAAGUUUUAUGUAAAUCUUAGGAUGUUAUUAAAAGCAGGGAUACCUACUUACGUUCUCCGCUCAGUGAUCCACAUCGAUUUAUGUGCAACACUGGUACUGUGCUAUCCUGGCCACAAUGACCCAGCUCUGUGAUAAAUUAGCUGAACAACAUGACAGAAGGAGCAUCAUAAUCAGCCACAUUCCCCACAUGUAGUCAUUAGAGUACAGGACUGUCAUGGUUACACUGCAUGACUAGCAUCCAGAUGCUUGCAUAAAAAUCCAAAGAAUGUACGGUCAGAUCAAAAUGAUUUUUGAGAAUUGGAAUUCAGUUUUACAAACCAAAUUACUAAAAAGAUAGCCAAUCUCGGUAAAAGUGAUCCAUAAUAUUGUCAUAUUUUUAAUAAAAUAAACCCAAUUUUCCCAUUAAUUCAGGGAGAGAAAUUUGUUGCCCUUAGCUGGCGUAGUCUACAAGGUAUUGCAGUCUCACACCUAUGGACCCUCAAGAACCAUGCAGGUUUAUCAAAGAAAAUCCAGUGGGGCACAAUGCCAAGGGUGGGAACCACCAGUGAUUCCUGUAGCCUGAGAAUUGUAUUGUGGCAAAAGUCUUGGGAAAGCCAAUAAAUAGUCAUUUAUGUCACAGAACAGCCAAAUUUACUCCAAUAUUCUGCAUUUCGGACAAAGAAGGAUGAUACUUUCAACAUUGGACUGGUACCUAAAACCUAUCAUUAAUCUUUUUAUUCUCAAUUGUCACCAGUGCAUUGGGAAACACAACGAUUUAUAACAUCCAUCAUAUUUCUGAGAAGCAGCAAGCCAAGCAUGCACACCCAGAUACAUUGUUCAUACUGAUGGCCCAUCUUGUACAUCAGCACAGACCUUGCACAGAGGUUUGGUGGGAUAGCUGGGUCACAAUGCAAAGUGUUGCCAACAGUGCAUUUGGGCUCUGACUGAGGUCACCAUGAAUGCCCUACCUUCUCAAAUUUGCCCCUCACCUGAGGCAGGGUGACCCUCACAUUAAGCUCACCACCAGCAGUCUCCCUACAAUGAGGGAGAAGCCCUUUGAGAGUGUAGUGACUUUUCUCCAUACACUGUGCAUUAGAAUAAAGGGACAGUGUAGACCAUUUAAUUCCUUGAGUCUAUUCUGUCUUUUAAUGAGAUCAUGGCUGAUCUAUGACCAAUUUAUUUAAAAUAUCCCUUGAUAUCUUGAAGUUAACAGAAAACUAUCAAUAUCAGAUUUGAAAUGAGCAGUUGUCUAUGUAUGAAUUGUCAUUUGCAUAUAUAACUAACCCCUAAAUUCACCCCUGAAAAGGUAUGACUCUAACUUUGAGAUUAUGUCCCUAAGUCCUCAAACAAGCAGGUGCAGAUGCUGAAUAUCUGAAACAAAGACAGGAAUUUCUGGAGAAACACGGGUCUGGCAGAUCUGUGGAGAGAAGACAGAGAUAACAUUUCGAGUCCAGUGACCCCUCUUUAGAACAAGGUCUGAUGAAGGACCACUGGACUGAAAACAUUAAGCCUGUCCCUCUCUCCACAGUUGCUGGGUCUCUCCAGCAAUUUCUAUUCUUAUUGAAGCAGAAUUAAUUUCUUCCUAUUCACCUUAUCUUUUCCCUGUAGUAUCAUGAAAACUGCAACAAAUACCAUCACUAGUCCCCAGUGACACAAAGGAGUACACAUCAAGUUGACUUCUGCUAUUUGUCUCCAACCUUUCAGUUCAUCAACAAAUAAUUAACUGUUAUUGAUGUAUAUGUGACUCAGAUCUAGCUAGUGCAAGGGUAAUCUAAAAGUUGGAGAUUGAGCCAGGUUAUUUCAUGCAUUUUAAAUUUGCUGAAUGAUUUGAUGCAUCAAGUAGGAAGGUAUAAAUGAUAAGCAGCCUUCCACAAAUGGAAAAAUUUCAAGUGAGCCUUAGAAUUCCUACAGUGCAGAUAGAGUCUAUUAAAAAUACCAUCUGAAGAGCAUGCCACCCAAUCUCACAUUUCAUAGAAUCCCUUCAGUGUGAAAGCAGGCCGUUCGACCUAUCAAGUCUACACUGACCCUCUGAAGAGCAUCCCACCUAGACCUAUCUCCUGCUCACCCCUCUGACCCUGUAUUUCCCAUGGCCAACCCACCCAACGUGUUCCUCCCUGGGGAGAUUUAACACGGCCAGUCGAUCUAACCCACACAUCUUUAGACUGUGGGAGGAAACCAGACCACUCAUAAGAAACCCACAUGGACACAAGUAAAAUAUGCAAACUCCACAAAGAUCAUCACGCAAGUCUGGAAUUGAAUCUGGGCCCCUGACACCGUGAGGCAGUAGUGCUAACCGCUGAGCCACGAUGCCACCUUUGCUUGGCAAGCUGGAGUAAAAUUUAAAGAGCAAAAUCAUCCUUAGAAGUUAAAAUCUAUUCAGGAAAUUAAAAUCUCUUAAAAUAAAAUCUAUUAACUUAAAGCCUAUUCAGUUAUAGAACAUUCACCACAACCUUUUCAAGGGUGACUCAGGGAAUUAACAAUCAAUGUGCAUGCAGCCAGCAAAUCCCAUGAGUGCAUAAAAAGGAAAAAAGUCAAAUCAGCCAUAAGGCAUAGGAGCAGAAAUUAGGCCUUUCGGCCCAUUGGAUCUUCUCCACCAUUCAUCAUGGCUGAUAAGUUCUCAACCCCAUUCUACCGCUUUCUCCCUGUAACCCUUGAUCCCCUUGACAAUCAAGAACCUAUUUAUCUCCAUUUUAAAUAUACUCAAGGAGGUGGCCUCUGCAGCCUCUCUGGCUGAAGAAGUACAAUCUUCCUGAGAUAUGGGGCCCAAAACUGUGCACGAUACUCCAAAUGUGGCCUGACCAGAGCUUUAUGGAGCCUCAGAAGUAUAUGACUGCUUUUAUAUUCAAGUCCUCUCCAAAUAAAUGCCAAAGUGGCAUUUGCUUUCCGAGCUACUGACUUGACCUACAAGUUUAUCUUGAGAGAAUCCUGAACUAGAAUUCCCAAGUCUCUUUGCACUUCAGACUUCUGAAUUUUCUCCCCAUUUAGAAAAUAGUCCGUGCUUUUAUUCUUCUCACCAAAGUGCAUGAUCUCACACUUCCCAAUGUUGUAGUCCAUCUGCCACUUUUGUGCCCACUAUCCUAACCUGUCCAAAUCCGUCUGCAAGCACACUUAUCAGAUGCAUGUCCCAAUAGCCAUCCCUGGAGUCAAGCUAAAAGUCAGAAAUGUGGACAAAUGUUCCUCCUUGUUUCCCCAAUGCAGGGAUGACAAUUCAAGACUACAAUACCAGUAUCAGUCAAACAAGGGCAUGGGAGCAAAUCUGCGAUAUUUGUCAGAAUCAUUUAUGCUCUAAGCAGUGGAUUUACGGUCAGCCAUAAAUGAAGCCCUAAGCUGCAAUCCUUCUGAACUAAGUUGAAAGACAAAUUUGAUGACAGAGAUUUCAUUUUAUGUUUGAAGGAAUAUAUUCUGUUAGCAGCUGGUGAAAUUGAACAUCUCUCAGUUGAGAAGGAAUUGGAUUUCCAUUCAAAUAAUUAAAUGAUCAAUCAUGAUGCAAAGAAACAAAAAUAUAAAUGUUGCAUUGAAGCUUACCUAGCCAUUGUUAGCAUUAAGAUAGCACUGGAGUGAAUAGCACAUAUAAAGCAGAGCCUUCUAAUGUAUAGUUAUAUUUAUAAUGUUAAUUCAAUAUGCUGUACAUCUUGUAAUAAAGAAUA